CAUCACACCCUGUAGCUAAUGAGAGAGUUUCUUUACGUACCUGUAGCUGUUGAUUACUUUUCUGUUUUGAAGCUAGUUUGUGUCUUGACGUGUCCCUUGCAAUAUCCCUAUCGUUAUAUAUGCUGUGUGCCUUAUGAAAUGCUGGCAUCUGGAAAACCCAACCACGGACGCACCAUCGCCUCCACCUCUGACCGACCCGCCCCGCGCGCCCUCGGAUCCGCCGCGGUGCGCGCUCGCCCACAUGCCGUCUCGGGGGGCGGCGCGUGCAGCGGAGCCCGCAGAGCAGUAAGCGCAGCAGGAGCGUGGAGGAUGACAAGGAAGGCCACCUGGUGUGCAGGACCGGCGAUUGGCUCCAAGAGCGAUAUGAAAUCGUCGGCAGCCUUGGGGAAGGCACUUUUGGCAAAGUCGUGGAGUGUGUGGACCAUGCCAGAGGCAAAUCUCAGGUGGCACUGAAAAUCAUAAAAAACGUUGGGAAGUACCGCGAAGCAGCCAGGCUAGAGAUCAACGUCCUGAAGAAGAUCAAAGAGAAGGACAAGGAGAACAAAUUCUUGUGCGUCCUCAUGUCGGACUGGUUCAACUUCCACGGCCACAUGUGCAUUGCCUUCGAGCUCCUGGGCAAGAACACCUUCGAGUUCCUGAAGGAGAACAACUUCCAGCCAUACCCUCUCCCUCAGAUUCGGCACAUGGCCUACCAGCUCUGCCAUGCCUUGAGAUUUUUACAUGACAACCAGCUGACUCACACUGACCUCAAGCCAGAAAACAUCUUGUUUGUCAACUCGGAUUUUGACACGUUGUACAACGAGAAAAAGAGCUGUGAGGAGAAAUCCAUAAGGAACACGAGCAUCCGUGUGGCAGACUUUGGAAGUGCCACGUUUGAUCACGAGCACCACACCACUAUUGUUGCCACCCGGCACUACCGUCCGCCAGAAGUCAUCCUGGAGCUGGGCUGGGCACAGCCCUGUGAUGUCUGGAGCACCGGCUGCAUUUUGUUUGAGUAUUACCGUGGUUUCACGCUCGUCCAGACCCAUGAGAAUCGUGAGCAUCUUGUCAUGAUGGAAAAAAUCCUUGGGCCGAUUCCAUCGCACAUGAUUCACAAAACCCGGAAACAAAAAUACUUCCACAAUGGGAACCUGGUGUGGGACGAGAACACGUCGGACGGCAGAUACGUCCAGGAGAACUGCAAGCCCCUGCGGACGUACAUGCUGCACGAUUCGCUGGAGCACGCGCAGCUCUUCGACUUGAUGAGGAGCAUGCUGGAAUUCGACCCUUGCCGCCGAAUUACGUUCUCUGAGGCACUCCUGCAUCCCUUCUUUGCCGGGCUCUCUGCGGAGGAGAGGAUGCUGUGUGGCCGCGGUGCCAGCCGGGACCUCAGCAGAUGACAGUGGGGCUGUG